CCUGGCCCGCGGCGGACCUCGCUCCGCCCCCCGGCGCGGCCUCGCUCCGCCCCCCGCCCCUCCCCCCCCGCCUCCUCUUCCCCGGCGCGGCGCCGCUCCGGCGGGCGGGCAGCAUGGCGGCCGUGGAGACGCGCGUGUGCGAGACGGACGGCUGCAGCCGCGAGGCCAAGCUGCAGUGUCCCACCUGCAUCAAGCUGGGCAUCCAGGGCUCGUACUUCUGCUCGCAGGAAUGUUUUAAGGGAAGUUGGGCUACUCACAAGUUACUACAUAAGAAAGCAAAAGAUGAAAAGGCAAAGAGAGAAGUGUCUUCCUGGGCUGUAGAAGGUGAUAUUAACACUGACCCGUGGGCAGGUUAUCGGUAUACUGGUAAACUCAGACCGCAUUAUCCACUGAUGCCAACAAGGCCAGUGCCAAGUUAUAUUCAAAGACCAGAUUAUGCUGAUCAUCCCUUAGGAAUGUCUGAAUCUGAACAGGCUCUUAAAGGUACUUCGCAAAUUAAAUUACUCUCAUCUGAAGAUAUAGAAGGGAUGAGACUUGUAUGUAGGCUUGCUAGAGAAGUUUUGGAUAUUGCUGCUGGGAUGAUUAAACCAGGUGUAACUACUGAAGAAAUAGAUCAUGCUGUACACUUAGCAUGUAUUGGAAGAAAUUGCUACCCUUCUCCCCUGAAUUAUUAUAAUUUCCCAAAGUCUUGUUGUACCUCGGUAAAUGAAGUCAUCUGCCAUGGAAUUCCAGACAGACGGCCCUUGCAAGAAGGUGAUAUUGUUAACGUGGACAUCACUCUUUAUCGCAACGGUUAUCACGGAGACCUGAACGAGACGUUUUUUGUUGGCGACGUGGACGAGGGAGCCCGGAAGCUCGUGCAGACCACGUACGAGUGCCUGAUGCAAGCCAUCGACGCAGUGAAGCCCGGUGUUCGCUACAGAGAGUUGGGAAACAUCAUUCAGAAGCACGCCCAAGCGAACGGGUUUUCGGUGGUUCGGAGCUACUGUGGGCAUGGAAUCCACAAGCUUUUUCACACAGCCCCCAACGUGCCCCACUAUGCCAAAAAUAAAGCAGUUGGAGUGAUGAAGUCGGGCCAUGUAUUCACAAUUGAGCCAAUGAUUUGUGAAGGUGGAUGGCAGGACGAGACCUGGCCGGACGGCUGGACCGCGGUGACGCGAGACGGGAAGCGGUCGGCCCAGUUCGAGCACACCCUGCUGGUCACAGACACUGGCUGCGACAUCCUCACCCAGCGGCUCGACAGCGCGCGGCCCCACUUCAUGUCCCACUUUUAAUGUCUCCCACGAUGGCGCGUCUCGGUGACACCUUCUGACUGUUCUGUGCAUUUUUCCGAGAGCACAGAAAGGCCGAGGAACCUUUUUUAUCACCAGUUUUGUUUUGACUGUAGAUGACAAAGGACUACAGCAUUUGACGUGUGUCCUCAGGGACUCGUCCUGGGUCUGCAGAAGCUGCGAAGAGUAAAGGAAACGUCGCUGAACUCUUUUCACUGCCUGCGCCCCCCCUGCCCCCCACCUCUCCCUGUGCACCUCUUCUCACUCGCCCUCUGAGCACUUUUGCUUAACCCGCUUCUAGUUGCUUUUAUCACUGCCACCAACCGGCCACCAAGAGCCAGCUGCUUUUCAGGUGAACGCUGGAGAUGAGAAUCCUUGAAACUUUAGCAAUGUAUGUUGCACCAGAUUUUUAAAAUUAUAUAUAUGGAGAUAUAUAUGUGUACAUUUUAAAUUCCAUCUACGAAAUUACCAAACACGGCGUGACCUGGGCUUUGCGUUGGUCCUGCUCUGACCGGGCUAUGGGCUGUCCUAAGUGGACCCUGAGUUUGCAGCGAUUUAAUUCCUGGCUGGGAAUCGUCCCCCCCUCGCCCACGCUGAGUAUUUACACUCGCGACUGUGUGUGGGAAACACGCACUGAGAGUUUCUCCAGUGCGCACUCCGUGUGUGUCAGUGAACGAAUGUGAUAGAAUUCACUUUGGAAGGAGGUUAUCAGGCUUUCAAAAGGCUAGUUUUUGGCAAGAAAUGACCAUGCUCCAGGUGGCGGCUGGCUGCUGCGGGGCAUGAGAACUUUGUAAUACACUCUGUUUCAGACCUGUGCUCGGACAGAAGGGGGAGAGAAAAGUCCCUUGUGUUCCCUUCUCUGUUUUAUCGCAAGGACGUGCCUUGGAGACACUCAGAAGGGGGAGCACUGUGGAGGAUGACGGGGACAGGGCUCUACAGUGUCUCCAGCUGUGAGCACAGCGUUUCUCGCGGGCUUCUGGAUUCUCUAACCCGUAGUAAACCUGACAGUGAUGAGCAAGGAACUUUGUACUGUAACCUGGCGGCAGGGAUGCGGCUGUCCUUGGUGUGCGGAACAUGCCUCACCUUUACGGAGGGGGAACCUUGUUAGGAUCGACCUCAGCUGCCCAAGACCUGUUCCUUUCAGCAGUUGUCCGAAUACGAGUGUAUCCAAUAAAAACAGAUCCUAAAGUCAUUGUCAUUAGAGUGUACUUGAUUACUUAAAUCUGAUGACUCUCUUGUGAUACAGUUUGAUACCACUGACAUUAUACUUGUAAGAAAACAUCUUUCCCAGAGUGCCUCAGACCUUAUUGCUUUAAGAUAAUUACAAUAAUGUUUUCAUUACUUUUAUUAUUUUAAUGAUUUAGCGAAAUGACUGAAUCUGGUAUAGACUUGGGGGUAUGUGUGUGAAGUUUUUAUCAAGCUGUAAUAUUUGUGAAUGGAAUGCCUUGCAAUAUGAAUGUUAAUAUAAUGUGUAAAGGGAGAUUAAAAAGUUUGAAUGAUUAUCCUA